GCUGCAGUAAGUAUCUAGAUAGACAAGGCCUUGUCAAAAUUCACACAAUACUCAUUUCAUAAAAUGCUGUUUAAUAAAAUGAGUUGGAUUUGUUUUCCUGUAGCUCUGGUAUUGAACCAUAUUAUUGACCAAACUGAAGAAGACCCAGUAUACCCUCUAGAGACAAAGUUGCAAGCCCCAGCUGCAGUAGCUCCUCUAGGGGAAUACAAUAAGAGGAGCACAGGGCCUAGCACAGCUGGGGCCAGGUCCACAGAGAAAAGGAUAUGGCUGGAAUGGCCUCACCUCCAAAAGAUAACAGAAGAAUCUAAGUUGCUGUCAGUAAAAUAAUGCUUUGUAUGAAUGGUGAGGAGAGGGGAACAGGCUAGAGUUAUUUGGACCGAUGGAGGGCUAAGGAUGGAUUUUAAUCCAAGUCCCCCAGAUUUGUUCCACCCUUCCCUGCCGAAUGCCAAUGUCAACUCUUCACAGCCCGGAGCCUGGCGCUGCACCCAUCACAACAAAAAGAUUAGAGCAGAGAGAGGUGCCAUGUCCAAGAGAGCUUCGUCCCACAAACUCUUCCCUGUUCUACUGAUGGUAGGAUGGAUUGUUGGCUGCACAGCAGUUGUCUACCUUGUCUUCAUUUUUGCUUGGAAAAGAGGUGUGCAGGGAAGAAAUUGAAUUCAUCGCAGAAAUUAAGUUCUUCUUCCAGUGGACACAGGGGUGAAAAUAUCAUCUCUAUGUUUUGAUAAUAACUUUCUGUCAGAUGCAUACUUCCUGCUGUUUGGCAGAUGUGGAAAUGCUGAUAUAAAAGUGAACAAUGGAUUGCAAUGGAUAUCUGCCAUGGUCCAGUGGUAAUGAUGUUUAGCUAUGAAGACAGUUUCCUUUCAUUACCUGUCGCUAUAAAUCAAUCGAAAAAACAUAUGUACUGUGUUUUCUCCCUUUUAAUUUAAUACUUCAUAUCAUCCCAUUCUUUUAGGUAUUACAGAUUAAAAAUCUAUUAAAUCUACCCUCAAAUAGAUGUCCUAAUGAGAACACCCAUUGUUUUCUAUGAACAAUGUGCAUGUGUCAGACACAUUUGAUUUGUUGUGUAUUCAGGCUGCUGCACUUCAGCAGAGCCUUUCAGAGAUAACGUAGAAAAAGCAACAAGUGAGGGGUAGUAAAAUGAGGAAUGAAUAUACCUGAGUGUGUGUGUGUGUGUGUGUGUGUGUGUGUGUGUGUGUGUGUGUGUGUGUGUGUGUGUGUGUGUGUGUGUGUGUGUGUGUGUGUGUGUGUGUGUGUGUGAUUGUUUGCAUAUGUAUGUCCUCUGUGUAUUCAUGUCACACUGCUGGGCACAGAACAUAUUGGGUGUUAGGACUGGCAAUGUCGUUGCUAUGGCUACCACAAGUCUGUCUUUUUUUAUUAUCAGUAGUCCUCACUAAUAGGAUGUGAAGAGAAAAACAAUGGGGGAAAACAUUGGGUGGGGAGCUGCACUUUCUCAAACACUUUUAAUUGUUAUGUGCAGAGGUGGCCUGAAGGGACUUUUUGCUCAUAAUUUGCUUCAUCAAAUGUAAGCACUUGAAGGAACUCAAGAUUAAAGCUAAACUCAACCUCAAAGAUUCCAGCAUUUUCAUUUCAGCUUGAAGCAAUUUAACCACUAAUGUUUGCCUAAAAUUUCAGUGCAAAACUUGCCAUUACAACUAAGCCUCCAAAUCUGUAAUAGUAGCAUGGUCAGCUUUAAAGAGCAUGUACAUGUCUGCAUUUAAUAACAGGGAAUUAGAUUGUCUGGUUGUUACUGCAGGUUGUGCCACAUCCACUUUCCAGUAAGCAGGAGGUGUAAGCCUUAUAAGCCUGCACAGGCCCAAUAAUCCUGUAUACUUGGUGUCAUGUUGAACAUGUGAACCAGAUGCAAACAUCAAUGUAAUGAGGUUGAGAUGGAAACUUUCUGUACCACAGCAAUGCACUAGGGUCAGCAGAAACACAUCGCAUCCAACACUUGCACACACAUGUUCAGGCAGGCAAACGUGUUUUACAAUCACUCACUCAUACACAUGGAAGCUUGUAUUAAACACACACACUGCUUCAUGGUAAUUUAGAAGCAUCUUGAGUCCGUUAACAUGUCCAAUCUGUUUACUUCAACAACAGCAAAACAGUAUCUCUCACUUCCACUCGUCAAGACACACACACACACUCCUCUCAACUCUAGCACUACCAGCCUCAAUUUGGCAUCACUGUCUUCAGAAUAGAUCAUUAUGCAGGUACACCACAUGGUGCUAUGUAAUAAGAUGUCUUCCAAGUGUGUUAUAUUACGCUGUGUGUCUACUGUUUAGAUUCCAUGUGUAUUGCCGUACUGCUUGCAAAAUGGAAUGGUGAUAUGGAAAACAUGUGAUUAGGACCCAAAGUUGACAGAUGUUCUAUCCUAAGAUAAGGCUAUGUUAAGGCUAUAUACAGUAACAACAAAAUGAAUGGUAGUAAUAAUUAUACAUGUCAUCUGUGCACAAGUACAGCUUGUUAAACUGCUUUAAUAAUAAUCAUUUAAUAAAAUGUGCUCUAAAAACAUACUAUUGUUUUUUAUCAUAUUCUAAUGGUGGUAGCAAUAUUGGUAACAAUAUUAGCGUUACCAGUAGUUUUGUUUGUAGACAUGGCCUUGUAACAACCUGGCUUUCAAAGCCAAAAGGAGGUAAGGGAUAAACCAGGUCUUCUUUGGGCUUAAGGGGAACUACGCACACUUUCAAAAUUCGCACAUGUUUUUCCUAUGGUCAAGACAGUCCAAAAUAUUAGUAAACAUGAACAACUAUCUCCCAAAUCCCCAAAAAUAGACUGCUAAAAUUAAAAUGUGUGAUGUUAUCAAAUAUAAAGUCUGGAACUGCUCUAUAGACAAUGAAUUGGGAAAUAUGUUCUAGAUGACACUGAGAUGGGAAUGUUCUGAGUAUGUAGUACAUUUUCUGUUUCAGAACUGAGCAUACUACAAUAGA